CCGCCGCGCCUCCACCUCCGCCGCCGCCGCUUCCGCCGCCGCCGCCGCCUCUUCGUGUCCUUCUGCCGAGCGAGGCCGCCCCCCUGCCAGGCCCGGGCUCCCUGCGCCUCCGCCGCCGUUCCUCGCGCCCCGCCAUGCCGCUCUAUUCCGUUACUGUGAAAUGGGGAAAAGAGAAGUUUGAAGGUGUGGAACUGAACACUGAUGAACCUCCAAUGGUGUUCAAGGCUCAGCUUUUUGCACUGACUGGAGUCCAACCAGCCAGACAGAAAGUUAUGGUUAAAGGAGGAACAUUGAAGGAUGAUGAUUGGGGAAAUAUCAAAAUAAAAACUGGAAUGACUCUACUAAUGAUGGGGUCAGCAGAUGCUCUUCCUGAGGAACCAUCAGCUAAAACUGUCUUUGUAGAAGAUAUGACAGAAGAACAGUUAGCAUCUGCUAUGGAAUUACCAUGUGGAUUGACAAAUCUUGGUAACACUUGUUACAUGAAUGCUACAGUUCAGUGUAUUCGUUCUGUGCCCGAACUCAAAGAUGCCCUAAAACGAUAUGCAGGUGCCUUGAGAGCCUCAGGGGAAAUGGCUUCAGCGCAGUAUAUUACUGCAGCUCUUAGAGAUUUGUUUGAUUCCAUGGAUAAAACUUCUUCUAGUAUUCCGCCUAUUAUUCUACUGCAGUUUUUGCACAUGGCUUUCCCACAGUUUGCAGAGAAGGGUGAACAAGGACAGUAUCUUCAGCAGGAUGCUAAUGAAUGUUGGAUACAAAUGAUGAGAGUAUUGCAACAGAAAUUGGAAGCCAUAGAGGAUGAUUCUGUUAAAGAGGCAGAUUCAUCUGUAGCAGCAUCAGCACCUUCUAAAAAGAAAAGUUUAAUUGAUCAAUUCUUUGGAGUUGAAUUUGAAACUACUAUGAAGUGUACAGAAUCUGAAGAAGAGGAAGUUACUAAAGGAAAGGAAAACCAGCUUCAGCUUAGCUGUUUUAUCAAUCAAGAAGUCAAGUAUCUAUUUACAGGACUUAAAUUGCGUCUUCAGGAAGAAAUCACUAAACAGUCUCCAACCUUGCAAAGAAAUGCUUUAUACAUCAAAUCUUCUAAGAUCAGCCGAUUGCCUGCUUACUUGACUAUCCAAAUGGUUCGAUUUUUUUACAAAGAGAAGGAAUCUGUGAAUGCUAAAGUUCUUAAGGAUGUUAAGUUUCCUCUUAUGUUGGAUGUGUAUGAACUAUGUACACCAGAACUUCAAGAGAGAAUGGUCUCCUUUCGAUCAAAAUUCAAGGAUCUAGAAGAUAAAAAAGUAAAUCAGCAGCCAAAGACAAGUGACAAAAAAGGUAGUCCCCAGAAAGAAGUUAAGUAUGAACCCUUUUCUUUUGUUGAUGAUAUUGGCUCCAAUAACUGUGGCUACUAUGACUUACAAGCUGUGCUGACACACCAGGGAAGGUCUAGUUCUUCAGGUCAUUAUGUAUCAUGGGUGAAAAGGAAACAAGAUGAAUGGAUUAAGUUUGAUGAUGAUAAGGUCAGCAUUGUGACACCAGAGGAUAUCUUGCGGCUUUCUGGUGGAGGAGACUGGCAUAUAGCUUAUGUUUUACUCUAUGGGCCUCGCAGAGUUGAAAUAAUGGAAGAGGAAAGUGAACAGUAAUCUUCACUUUAGCUAUUUAUGCUUAGGUGUGAAAUAAAUAUUGUUGAUCACUUCUAUAACCCAGGGCUUUUAGGGAAGAUAUUUUAGUGGUUUUAUGGGUUUCCCCUUCAUGUGGGAAAAAGGAAGCUGACCACUAUCAACCUGAAAAAAAUUAUAGAAAAUGGAUUCUGGAUUGUGCUGCCCUGUAUAAAGGCAGAAAGACAUUUUUUAAAAAGCUUAUGUCUUGCAUUAAUGCUGAAUAAUUGUGUUGAAAUGACUCUACCAUUACCUUCUGUGAUAAAAUUUUCUCCUUGCCCUUUUUAGCCCAGGAUUCAGCAAGGCAAAUGUUUAUUACACACCUAUUACUCUUGUUCUUGCAUGGUUUAAAUCACCAUCCAGUAGCAGCCCAUCCUUUGCCUUAUCUAACACAUUUGUUGUCAGGAAGGUGAAAAGGAAGUGUUGCUUUAUUGUGUAACUCAGUGCUGCUGUCCACAUCCCAUGGAGACGGGCACAAUCAAGUAUUUGUCAGCUGGACUUGUGCUGGCUUUUCAUGACUUUAAAAUAAAUUGUGAUCAAUAAUAGUA